GGCAGGCUCUGGUCAGUGUGCUCGCGGCGGCACGCGCCCGGAGGCGGCCCCGCCCACUGGCCCUGAGGCGGGGCGGGACAGCGGCGCGCGGAGGGGGCGGUGCCCGCCCGGGGAAGGGUGUCCUGCCCGCAGCCCCGCCUGCCGCCGGGCGUUUCCUAGGAGACAGCGCAGCGGACGCGGAGUCCCCGGGCGGCCGCGGCGCGGGUGAGCUGUGGGGCCGUCCCGCGCCCGGGACGCGCUGGGUGGGUUGGAUGGCGGCCCCUUCGCGCGAGGCCCAGGCAGUUCCUUCCCUGCAGAGCCGACCUCGGGGCCCUCCGUGAACUGCCGGUCGCCGCCUCGCCUCCGCAGCUGAGGUGCUGGGUCGGCCGGGGGCGCGUCUCCCCGGGCGGCGGGGGACGUGGGUUUGCCGGGCCUGCGCGCGGGCCGCCUGUCGGCGCAGAGCGCACCGCUGGACAGCGUCAGGAAACCAACGUUUUUAACGGAACCGUGGCACGACCAGAACCAGUGGGAUACUGCGCGGUGUGUUGUGAAUUCCACACUGAGAGGUCGAAUUUGAAUCCUCUCCUCGGCUGGUACGCCCUGUGUUACCUGGGGAGAUGGCUGUGUCGGUUCUGGCAUUUUACAGUGACUUAGGUCUUUCAGCCGGGAAAAUACUUAGUUCUGUUUACUAACGGAAACCCAACUCUUCUGAAAAUAAGUUGAGUAUUUGCAGUGUUUUCAUUUAGAGCAACAGCUUAAAAUACCUGUACAAUUCUGCUCUCAUAUUUGGUUUUCUGUUAUAUUAUACUAUAAUUAGGCAGUCCUGUUUGAAACUUGUCUUGGUUUGGCUCUCCCAGAAGCAGAUUCUGAGACAAAACUUGGAGGGCAAAUGGUUUAUAUGGGAAGUAAUGUCAGGAAACAACAGCAGGGAAGGGAAGGAAGCCAAUGGAAGGAAUAUUAUCAAGCCGACUUCUCUGUGGGCUGAAUUCCCUGGGGAACACCGGGGUGUAUGUCCCAUAGUUAAUAAGGCCAAGGAGCCGGCCCAUUUAUUCACCAGCUCCCAUCAGUUACUGGUUGAGGCCUGUUUAUGGCCAAACAUUAAUUCAUCAGAACUUCCAGCCUGCCCUGUGCUCAGGCAGACCGGACUGUGGCCGCGAACGAGCCCUUCGGCAGAGUCACUCACGCUGGCAAUUGGAAGUUGGGCUGUGCAUGCAUGGAAAAAGUGCGUGUCAAGUGAUGCGUUAACAGUAGCAUCUGCUACAUUCCAACCUUUGCACCACUCACAUCCACUCUUCCCCACAUUACGGUCACACCAUCCUGUCACUGAUUCUUCACAGUGGUGGCUGGUUCCAAUUUCUAAUAUAAAAGGACUCACCUAAAGGUGAUGAGUGGGACAAGCUACUGAAUCGACUUCUGCAGUAGUCACACAAGGGUGUGGCUCAUCGGGGCUGACUGUGGAGUGCGUUGUCACACCCCUCUCAUCCGUCCAUUCACGUGCCUCGUCCCCAGAACGCUUUUUCUCUUACCUUCCAAUCUUGCUCCUUCCAGGCCCUUGACCAAGCCAUUCAGCCUUGUCCUCCAAAUCGAGGACCUGAGAGUAUUGCUUAAAGCUCUGCCCCCCGGGAGCAUCUCCUAUAAUCAUCUUUCAGGGCUACCCUGAGUGUGACUGAAGUCUGGAAGCAUUCCAUUUACAGCUUGCACCACAUUUUGUAUUAUGAAUUCUCGAGAGAGGACAGAAGAGCACCCUUUUGCAGAUAUAUUUAAUGAAGAUGAAGCUGAAGAAAAUCUGCUGCUGUCUAAACCUGUUUGUUUUGUUGUGUUUGGGAAACCUGGGGUUGGGAAGACAACCUUAGCCUGUCAGAUAACACAGGCAUGGAAAUGUAUUCGUGUAGAAGCUUUACCAAUUUUGGAAGAACAGAUUGCCAGUGAAACCGAGUCAGGAGUUAUGCUGCAGUCACUGCUGCUCAGUGGUCAGAGCAUUCCAGAUGAACUUGUCACAAAGCUAAUGCUGGAGAAGCUCAACUCCCGAGAAGUUUCUCACUUUGGUUAUAUUAUCACUGAAAUGCCAUCACUUUCACAAGAUGCCAUGACAACAUUGCAGCAGAUAGAACUAAUUAAAAAUUUAAAUUUGAAACCUGAUGUUAUCAUCAAUAUUAAGUGUCCUGACUAUGAUUUAUGCCAAAGAAUUUCUGGACAAAGGCAGCACAGCAGCACAGGGCACCUAUGCGGAAGAGACCAGUGGGAUCCCGAGGUCAUUGAGAGUCGCAGGAAGAAGAGAAGAGACGCCCAGGAAGAAGGAAGAGAAGAGGAAGGGGAAGAGGAGGAAGAGCAGGAAGAAGAGGAGGCAUUUAUUGCCGAAAUGCAGAUGGCGGCUGAAAUUCUUCAACAUCUAGUUCAGAGGUCUGAGGAUUAUUUGGAAAAUAUUGAGAACAUUGUUCAACUUUAUAAGGAAAUGAUUCUUCCUUCGUUAGAAGAAGUGAUGGCAGAACACAAUUCCCAGUAUCUCAUUGAGCUGGAUGGGAAUAAGUCCCCAGAGGAGCUCUUCAUGACAGUAAUGGAUCGACUUAAAUAUCUGAACCUAAAAAGAGCAGCUGUUUUAACUAAACUUCAGAGUGCAGAAGAAGAAAUUAAUGACACAAUGGAAAAUGAUGAGCUGUUCCGUAGGCUGGCAUCUUACAAACUUAUUGCACCAAGAUAUAGAUGGCAGAGAAGCAGAUGGGGACGCACAUGUCCUGUGACUUUAAAAGAAGGUAAUCUUCAUCCAGGAUUGCCAGAUUUUUCUGUGAGUUUUCUAGGUAAAAUAUAUUGUCUUUCAUCAGAAGAAGCAUUAAAAACAUUUUUAUUGAACCCACGUCCCUACCUUCUUCCACCAAUGCCAGCACCACCAUUUAAAGUAUUCAUAUUUGGGCCUCAGUCUUCAGGGAAAACAACACUUAGCAAUCUGCUUGCCGAAAAUUACAGAGGAAAGGUUGUUGACUACGUCAAAGCUGUUCAGCCACGUUUUGAUAAAGACCUUGAAAGCCUGGUGAGAAAUACUAUAGCUGAGGCCACGGAGGCAGCUAUUACGGCUGUGAAAGAGCAGCUGCUCACACAACUGCAAGCUAAGAGACAAGCCGAGUCAGCUUCCAGGGAGUCAGGUAAGGAAUCUGACGAGCUCCCGAGGGAUGCGCCGAGAAGCUUGGAGGACGUCCCCGCGCCCGCCGAAGGAGGGUUCCCUCGUGGGUCCCAAAGAGGAGGCUCUUCCCUGGACGGCGGAGAAGCCCAGACGAAGUCAGGAAACGCCCUCAGUGAUGAAGCGGCCAAAACGGAUGACGACUCAAUUGAAGACGCGAUAGAAGAGGUGACUGCAGGUCACCCACAGGUCCUUUCCAUGAUAGAGGAGACUGUAAAAAUGACAAAGGAUAUGAGUUUUGAAAACCCAUAUGAAAAACAUGCUGAAAUCUUACAGGAAGUUCUCCAAGAGGUGGCUGAAGGAAACAAGGAGAGGUUCUCUGGCACCCCGAAAUACAGAGGGUGGGUACUGGACAACUGCCCUGUCACGAGAGAGCUGUGGCUGGCCUUGAUGGAGAAAGGAAUUGUUCCUGAUUUAGUAAUCUGCUUGUCAGACACAGAAAACAAUGGAAAAUGUUUACUUAACAGACUGUAUUUAAAGAAUAAACUUGAAAUUGACUCAAAGAUUUUAGAAAGAUUAUCAGGUGAACUACAAGAGGAAAAAAAAGAGCAAGAAGCAGCGAGAAAAGCCAGAGAAGAGGCAUUGAGAAUGGAAGAAAAUCAAAGGCUACUGGAAGCUAUGGAUGAGAAAGCAAAAGAAGUGGAAGAGACUGAAAAGGCUGAAGAAGAGAUUGAAGGUGAGGAGUCUGAAGUUCAUGAAGAGUCUGAGGCCCUUGAGGUCGCUGAGGAGACCCAAGGAUCCUUACCCGAGGGGUCAGAAGUGUCUGAGGGCCCUGAAGUAGAACCGGAAUCAGUAUCCGAGCCUCCUGAGGACACUACAGUAGAAACAGAAAUCCCAAAAGGAUCCAAAGAGGGCCUAGAAACAAAAGAAUUAACCGAAACAGUCGUACUGCCUGAGUUUCCGGAAGAUGCUUACCCUGAAGUUCCCGAAAUGCAGCCAGUUAAAGACCAGAUUAACUCUUUCAAUAACCUCUGGAAAACACUGGAAGUGACAGUCAACGACUCUUCCAUACAAGUCUUAAACUUGGAAAUUGCUGGCAAAACACCAGAGGAGCUACUUCAAAAAGCAGCCGAGGCACUGGACAAACCUUUCCAGUAUGCGGCAUGGGAGUUGGGUAUCCAAGAUUAUGAUGAAGAAACAGAAGACUUCCAGGCCGAAGCUGAAAUUGAUGAGGAGCUGGAAGAGGAGGAGAAUGAAGAAAGAAUUAAGGAGAAGAGGAGGCACUUGGGAGAUACAAAACACUUCUGUCCAGUGGUUCUCAAAGAAAACUUUGUCCUACAACCAGGCAACCCAGAAGAGGCAGCUAAAUAUCGAGAAAAGAUCUACUACUUUUCAAGUCCUGAGGCUAAAGAGAAGUUUUUGGAGCGUCCUGAGGAGUAUGUGGCUCACAAAGAACCACUCAAGGCUCCCCCGCUGAGAAUCUGCCUCCUGGGCCCCCGUGGCUCCGGUAAAACCGUCUGUGGACGGCAGCUGGCAAAGACAUGGGGCAUUUUCCACAUUCAGUUUGAGGAAUUUCUUCAAGAAAAACUAAUGCUCAAAACUGAAAAGAAAAUUGGGCCUGAAUUUGAGGAAGAGUCUGAGGAAGAGCAGCUUUCCAGGCAGGAGCUCGAGGAGCUUGCCAUCCAGGCCGACGUCACCCUCGGGGGAGAAAACGCCAGGAAGCCGCCUGAAGAAGUACAUCUUACAGAAGAAGAAGAUGCCAUCAAAACGAGUCUAAUGGAAAAUGAGCCACUGCCUCCUGAAAUCCUUGGUGCAAUUCUUUCUGAGUGGUGGUUUAAGGAGCCAAUACGUUCCACAGGUUUUGUAUUGGAUGGUUUCCCACGAUACCCUGAAGAGGCUCAGUUUCUGGGGGACCAUGGAUUUUUCCCAGAUGCUGCUGUUUUUAUACAAGUUGACGAUCAAGAUAUUUCUGAUCGCCUCCUUCCUUCGCAAAUGGAAAAGUGGAAAUUGAAACAAAAGAAGAAAUUAGAAAGGAAAAAGCUCAUCAAGGAAAUGAAGGCAAAAAUCAGGGAUGAUAUGAUUUCUAAAAGAAGGGCUGAACUUAUAGCAGAGCGUGAGAAAAACCAAAGAGCAGAGAUGGGGAAAGAAGAUGAAGACAUCAGCGAGGAAGAGCCUGAAGAAGAGGAAGAAGAUAUCGAGGACAUCCUUGCAGACGAGUUUCCCAAAGGCGAGGACGAGGCCAGUGAGGAGGAGGAAGAGGAAGAACAGGAGGCCGGCGCCCUGGGGCGCCUGAGAGGGGAGCUGGGGCAGAGAUUCGAAGCAGAUACGAGGACCUUACAAGCAAUACAGGAGGAAUUUGACAAGUUUUUGAUCCCAGUAAUUCUCAUUAAUGGAGCUCGGAAAAUCCACAUUGUGCAGUAUAUGUUGACUACGAGACUGAAACCACUGGUGGAGAAUCGCGCGAGCAUCUUUGAGAAAUGUUACCCAGUAGACCCACACCUGGCCCAGAAAAUGCUCAGCUUCACCUACAAGUACAUAAGUGCAUUUGGCUACUGGGACCCUGUGAAGCUAAGUGAAGGGGAGACACUCAAGCCGAUGGAAAGUGCAGAAAAUCCAUCCUACCCUGUGAUCCAUCGGCACUAUAUUUACUUCCUGUCUAGUAAGGAGACUAGAGAAAAAUUCAUGAGGAACCCUAUCAAAUACAUCCGCCAGCCCAAACCUAAGCCUGCUGUGCCCAUUAGGAUUGCAAUCGUGGGGCCUCCAAAAUCUGGGAAAACUACAGUUGCCCAGAAGAUUUCGAGUGAAUAUGGCUUAAAGCGCUUGUCAGUAGGAGAAGCUUUACGUUACCUAUUAGACAACCAACCAGACACAGAGCUGGCACUCAUGUUGAACUGGCACCUUCAUAAAGGAGUGGCAGUGCCCGACGAGCUGGCCAUUCAAGCCUUGGAAAUAUCUCUGAUGGGAAGUCCAUGUAACACCGCAGGUGUUGUCGUCGACGGGUACCCCGUGACUCCACACCAGAGGAGCCUCCUGGAAGCCAGGUCGGUCAUCCCCGUGGUCAUCUUUGAGUUGGAUGUGCCUUCGAAGGAGAUUUUCAGAAGAUUGCUCCUGGAAAAGAAAAAGGAGCAAAGUUUUCCUUAUCCAUUGCACAAUAGCUCACAGAUCAUGGCUGUCAAGAACUCAAACUACCGCAAAAAUAUUGUUGAGAUUAGGCAGUAUUAUCAAAAACAGCACCAGAACUGGUAUGUGAUUGAUGGAUUUCACAGCAAAUGGUGGGUGUGGAAUGAAGUCAUUAAGAAUGUUCAAGUGGUGAAUAAAUAUAUGCAGAUAUACCUGGAAAGAAUAAAAGCAGGGAAAGCUGCCUGCAUUGACAAGCUAUGCGUCACGCCUCAGGAGCUGCUCUCUCGCCUGGGUGAAUUUGGACAGUUCUGCCCUGUAAGCCUGGCAGAAUCAUAUGAAUUAGCUGAUUGCUCUGAAGCCGAGUCCUUGGAAUUUGCAGCAGAGUUCAGAGGGCACUAUUAUCAAAUGAGUUCUCAGGAAAACCUGAAUAAAUUUUUGGAGAACCCAGAAUUGUACGUGCCUCCGUUAGCACCUCACCCACUCCCGUCCCCGGACAUGCUCCCCAAGAGGCUGACGCUGUCGGAGCUGAAGAGCCAAUUCCCUAAGAGCGCCGAGCUCCAGGGCUACUGUCCGGUGACCUACCAGGAUGGACGGCAAAGAUACGAAGCCCUAGUACCUGGUGACAUUAACUAUGCGGUAGAGUAUCGUGAUCGUAUAUAUAUUUGUGAGAGUAGAGAAAAACUCCAGAAAUUUUUGAGGUCGCCACUGAGAUACUGGGAUCAGAAGCUCCCACGCAAACUCCCGCCGCCGGAGGGGCCGGUGCGUCUCGCCAGCCUUCCUUUGCCUGGAUACCUGGAACAGGGCAUCGCUACUUCUCUGAUUAAAGCAAUGAACGCAGCAGGAUGCUUAAAACCCAAAUUCCCCUUCUUGAGUGUGAAGAGAUCUGCACUGCUAUACAUCGCAUUUCAUCUGAAAGCCUCUAAUCCCAAAGGUUCUGCAUAUACAAGAAACAAGUAUAAGAAGAAGAUGGAGCGGUUUGUGGAGAGAUGUGAACUCAUUACAUACCUCAGUGCCGAGAUGACCAGAAAAUACAAGGAACCUCAGUUUAGAGCCAUUGACUUUGAUCAUAAAUUACAGACUUUUCUCUCUCUUAGAAAUAUAGACCCAAUUAAUGAGUAGUUUGCUUGGUAACUGCAACCAGAAUCUUGAGGGUGAUCUGAAAGGAACAGAAGGAAAUCGAUGGAAACCUGACCCUCUGACGUGCUCUCCCCUCCUGCGUGAUACACCGCGGCUGCCAGACCCUAAACGGGCUCACAGGCCUGCCGGCCAGGAAAGAGUCCUCUCCUGUAAGCACGCUGCCAUGUCAUUUUAAGGCUUAUUGCUCUUUGCCUAAACUUUGAUGCAUUAACAAAAUGGUUUAGAACCGCAUUUAGAAUCCACUUGGUAUAUUUAGGUAAUUUAUUUUACUAAAUCUAUUGUACAUUUUCCUUUAUAAAAUUUUCAGUAGAAAACUUUCUGUUAAAGAAAAUUACACAAUAUACAUUAGAAACAAAAUUAACACUGAUAGAAAUAAAAUAGAAAUACUGGUUGCACUUUUAAUAUAAAGAGUUUGUAACUUUCACAAACAUAAGAUACUUUAUCAUUUUCCCAACAAAAAUAAAUGGAUUUUGAAAGAACUAAAUGUCUGCCUCUGUUCUUUUUCUUAAGUACUGAAAGAAGCAUGCUUUAUACUUAUUUUGUAAUUAGAAAUCAUCUGGAGCUUUACGAAGGAUGAAAUCUGGAGUCUUAUCAAGACAUUAUGAAGUAUAUGCUAGAGGAAAACUUACUAAAUUGGAUUUGAAUGAAAUUUUCAAAACAAGAUUAGCAAUUUUUCAACAGCAGUAUAAGAAAUCUAAAAUUUGAAGUAGCAAGAUUGACUCCUUUAAAAAUAAAAAAUGCAACUAUUAACUGUGUAACCUUGGGGAAGUCUGAAUUUCUUGCAGCCUUUGUUUCUUAAUCUCCAAAAUGAGACUUAGCUUUCCCCACAGCUUUAUUGAGGUAUAACUGACAAACAAAAUUAUACA